AUGCCGCCGUCCACCGUCUUCUCCUAUCUCCGCCGCGACCACCGCCGCCUCAGCCCGUCGUCCGCCUCGCCCUCGCCCUCCGCGCAGACCCCGCCGCAAUUGCCCGCUGCCACCACCGCCGCGACCAUCACCAGCCCCAGGCUGACCGACGCGCUGUUCGACGCCGGCGCCUGGCCCGAUCUGACCAGGGAGAUCCCGCUCGACGACAUCCCGGAGUUGACCAAGACGCCCGACGCCGAGCUCGCGCACAACCCGCUGCCGCCGUUACCGCCGCUCGCGUUCACUGACCCCAGACGACCGCAUUCCAGCUCCGGCGAGAGCUCGGCGCCGUUUGCGAACUUGACCAAUGUCCAGAGACCAGACCAUCUCGAUGGAGGACCGGGAGCUGGAGGGGUGGUGGUGCAUCAGAAGGGCAUAUCGUCGUGGAAGCGCGGGUUCGGCGGACAACGCGCUGCUGCGGUGCCGGGCAUCUCCGCCGGAGCCGCUACUAGCAAGGGCAAGAUAUCCGAUGCUGCGACCAUGGGCACGCUGAUGGCGGGUGCGUCGUCGAGCGCACAUCUUCGCGAGUUCAAACCGGAAAAUGCGCCGGUUCGUCGUGACGAAGCUGCCGCUGCCGCUGCUGCGGGUGCUCCGGCGGGCUUCGAUACCCUGACCGAACCGCCAUCGUUCCGCGGUGGUGGUGGUGGUGGUGGUGGUGGUGGUGGGGGAAAGAUGCGAUUCCACCUGCUCAACCCCAUGGCGCUGCUGGCUCGGCGGCGCUCGACGCAGUACAGCGUCAAGGCGGAGGACAUCAACGUGAGCAAGCUCACGCUGCCGGCGCUGCCCGACGACUACGAUCCUCGGAUUCGGGGGAAGCUGUUCCAUGAUUUCUCCGCGCCGCGGCCGCGGCCCAGCCCGACCAUGAACAAUAACAAUAACGCCGCCGCGGCCGCGGCGCAGAGGUACGGCGAGCCCGCGUUCCAGACGGACGAGGCGUAUUUCUCGGAUAGUUCGACGCCGACUGCGCGCAAGAGCAGAGGGUUUCGGCAGAGAACGGCGUUUCAGGAAGAUUUCACGUCGGGGCGUGCGGCCAGAGGCCAGCAUGGUGAGCAGCCCCAGCAGCAGCAACAGCAGCCUGGCCUGCGGACGGAGAAGAUACCCCGGGCGGCGGCGGUUCCUGCUUUGGAUCGCCCGCUCCCUCCCAUUCUCCCCUCGCAGUUGCUGGAGCACGAGACGCCGCGGCCGGGGCCCCUGCGUGUUCCUGUUCCUGUUCCUGUUCCUGUUCCUGUGCCUGUGCCUGUCGCCGAGAAGCCGCUGCCGGCGAUUCGCUCCAAGCCUUCGACUGUUCGAGACCGUUCGUCACAAACUCUCUCGGGGCUGCCUAAGCAUCUAUCAAGUACGGCAUCGAGAUUUAGUUUCGAUAUGGCUGGAGGCGGCUCCGCAUCGCAAGAGCGGCUGCUGGAGGAGAAGCACAAGGAAAAAGAGGCGGCGAGGAAAGCAAAAGAGCAGGUCAAUAAGUUUAACGAUUUUGACUCUGAAGAAUUUGAUUAUGAUGCCAUGAUGGAUGAUGACGGUCUAGAAGAGAGGAUUCCUGGAGUGAAUGCGGAUGCAGAUGAUUUUGCUUACGGUGAUGAGUUCCAGUAUGAAGACGCUGGAAUGUUUAAUGCUGCGAGUCCUCUCAAGUCGUUGCCCAUUACCUCCUCAUUUCUCCUAAGCCCUUCUAGCUCUGAAGGAGGACUUUCUCCCCGGUUCUCACAGAUAGAUGGGCGACUAUCGGCACCUGAAAACCACUCACUUGCUCCAAAGACCAACAAGGCUCCAGCGUCGACAACACUUCCUUUAUUAACCAUAGACACGAACCAGCCGUUUCUACCAUCGUCGCCAGCGAAGCAAGUGCCCCAGUCACAUAUUGAUCCCGUACCAUCUCACAGUAUAGGGAAUGAUGAUGAUCUGUACUAUGAUGAUGGGCUCUUUGAAGAUCUCCCAGAAGAUAUGCAGGAUGGUGAUUUUGAUGAGUCGAUAUUCGACAACGAAGCAAGCCAUCUAUAUGAGCGAAGGAAUGCUAAUUUGAAUAAAACACCGCCCGUCGGAUCUGACAACCAACCCAAGACCAGUGAGCGGACAAGGAGCCUUGAGCAAGACCCCCCGGUCGAAGAUACGAAUGCAGCUUUUGAUAGUCCAAUUGCACCAGAAUUGAAUGAGCAAGCGGAAAAAGAACUUCGAAAGUCUCUGCAAGAACUGACACAAGGAAAUCUUCAAGCGUACCAUGGCGCCCUGGCGCAGGCAGCCAACUUCGCUGCUUUCGAGGGCAGAUUCGAACGGAGCCCAAGUGGGAGCGAGCAGUCUUCCGAUAACGACGCCUCCGAGACCGAAGAGUCUCAUCCCGAUUUGACGGCCGGCCAGAGUCGUCACACGAGCCAGAAUGCCGAGAGCAUGGCCUUUGAGGAGGUGUUUGAUGACGACUUUAACUUCUACGAUGCGGGUGACCUCGACGACGACCCGAUGAUCGCCGCCGCCAAUGCAGAGGCGCUGGAGAACGACGACGAGGGCUUCUACGGGCAGGAAUUCGGCUUCUACGCACACUCGCACCCGCACUGCGACGGCGAGCGCGUCCUCGGCGGCUACUUUGGCUCCCUGGGGCGGCCGGGUAUCAAGCGAAACCACAGCGCGCGCGGCAACUUCCAGGAGAGCCUGACACCCAUCACGGAGCGUAGCGAGUGGAGUACGCGGAACUCGAUCAUCUCGCUCGCGCCGCCGGGCCAUUCGCUGCCGUCCAAUCCGUCCGUCGCCAGCCCGCCGCUGUCGCAGCUGGUGGUCGACAUGGCCGCGUUCGACGAUGAGAUGUCGUUCAGCGCGCUGAUGCGCCUGCGCCGGGGCGCCUUCGGUGGCAGCAACGGCAGCCUGCGCAGCAAUGCCACCAGCCAAACCGGCCAGUCCCCCCAGUCGCCCUCGCUGUCGCCCAUGGCCAAUUGUGGCCCGUUUUCGAGCUUCCACCACGUCCUCGCCGAGCAGCCCAGGCGUGCGGGCGAGCCUAACGCCCCCGCGCCGUUGAACCCGUUGCCGUUGGCCGGUAGUAGCCCUCCGGUUGCCAGACGGGGCGGCGACUCACCGCCGGCUGCUGCUGCCGCAGCAGCUGCUCGGAAUGAUCCCACUCCCAGGCCGAUGCCAAGUGAGGCCGCGCCGCCCGUCGGCAUGGAGUCCGCUCCAGCCAAGACAAGAUCUCCAGACCUGAUCCGACGACAUGUCCGCAACAACAGCGGCGCGGAGAGCAUCAGCUACGUGAAGGAGACCAGCCAGUCGGGCGCCAACUGCUGGGUGCUGGAGCGGCGGCGCACGGGAGACCACGGCGAGGACGAGCUUCUAGAAAGAGAGGUGAUGAGCUCCGGCCGUAUCUGA